ACUCAACCACACAAUCGACAUCAUGCAUGUUCUACACGGAUUCGGCCAAAGACGAAAGUCGUCUCGUCCUCGUGACCUUCACAUCAGAAAGGUCUCUUUCUCAGGAUCUUCUCUCUCAUCCGGUUGCUCUCUAUCAUCAUCCUCAUCAUCCACAAUCUCCGCCCUCUCAACACCAGCUGCCAGGACGCCUACCGCCUCAAGACCUGAAAUGGACCCUCUCGCCUCACACCCCGCCUUCCACGCACCACCAAGAUUAUACGAACGACCUUUCAAGCGCAUGGACAACCACGAGUCUGUAUUCUACGGUACCGAGGAGGCGGUUAUCGACGAGGAGGAGUUUGUCGAGCAGGAUGUCGCUACUCAGCAGCCCACAGAGAUGGCUCUGCCUCCUCAUGCAAGCCCAAUGGAUGCUGUCGACGAGCAAAGCAACGAGCCCAAGGAUUACUUCUUCACCACAUUAUCAACACGACCACCGAUGCCCAAGUCUCGUUGGUCUGAAUCUACUAUCCAAAGCAUCCAGACCUUUGACGAGGAGGAGGAGGAUGACUCCGAAGUUACACAGUCUGAGGACUCUGAUGAUGAGGGUGACAAUGUCUCAGUCCUCGAGAUGCGUCGUCUCUCUCGCCACGCCUCAGCACUAAAGCCUGCCUCUAUCAGCGCUACUUAUACUGCCAGACCUGGUCUCGCACCCAAGCGACCUCCUAUGCGAUCCCUUGACAGCGUCGACAACUUUAUCCGACGCGGAGGAUGGAAGCGUCGCGGCAUUGUCUUUCACAAGGAAGACCUCGAGAACGCCCGAUCUGAGAUGGACCGCAACAGCUUCUAAAUAUCGUCUCAUAUCGUCUUACCUCACCACUCACUCACUCACUCACACUUAACAAACCUCGACAUAAUCUCCUUUUUCCUUUUUCUUUUACAUACUCAUGAUUUGUUUUUGAUACCCAUACCUACAGCACAUAUCAUCUGCUUCUUUCUCUUUCGUUGAAUGAUAUCUCACGGCUGUUCUAUAUCCUUGUCUCACACAACUCAUAAACUGGGCUUGUAUUUUUUCCUUAUUUCUACUCUGUAUACAUAUCAGGAGGCCUGGAGUUUUGUCAUUAUGGGCCACGGGAUUACUUGGGAAAGCGAAAAAGCGAAUUUAUUUUAUCUGUUUUUUAUGGGAUCUGGAGGUAUGCGAUUAUGGGUUUUACGGCUUUCCAUCCAUCUACUGUGGUGGAUACAGACACACACACACAUCUUCUACUACUACAUAUUACUACUCUACUACUCUUACUCUCUCACCCUCUACUUGGGCGGCACUACUCUUACUCUACAUAGAAGCCUCUGGAUCGAGGCUGAAAUACUACACAACACUUUGUCGUCUCC